GACAGCGUCAACGGCCGCGACAGCGACAGCACCGCGACAGCUCCGGAACAGCUCCGCACAACACCGCAGCGCUCACUGCACUGCACUGCACUGCACUGCACGGCCCCGCAGAUACACCGAACUGACAUCUGAACCUGCUGCUGUAAAACAGAAAUGGAAACCAUGCAGGAGCUCAUCCCCUUCGCCAAAGAAAUGCUCAGCCAGAAGCCCAACAGGAAGAUGGUCAAGCUGUACAUGCUGGGCAGCGUGCUGGCCUUCUUUGGGGUGGUCAUCGGGCUGGUGGAGACCGUGUGCAGCCCCUUCAGCUCCCAGGGCAGCCUAGAGGAGGAGGAGGAGGACAAGAACAAGCCCGCAGCAUCUCGGGAGCAGCGGCAGCCGCAGACACAGCAGGGUUUGGUGCUGGACAAGGGCAAGGCUCCGCCGGCGCUGCACAGGGCUCUGGUGACCCGGCACCACGCGUCCUAAGGCGGCAGCGCUCACAGACUGCGCCCGCAGCGCGGCUCCAGCGCCCGGAGAGGCUCGGCUGAAGGAGACUGCACGUGUGAGACUCGCCACAAGGGAAGGGUUAUAUUUGCUGCUGUGCAGCAGUGGGAAGAAAUACCUUUUGUUGGUAUAAACCUGUGCACGACGCACAGCAUGGUUUCUUAUUUUUCUUACGGACGCAUUUUACACCGUUUUGCAAGAUCAAUAAAUAUUUUCUAUGGUA